AAGAGGAUCUUUGGAUUAAAAUAUUUACAAUACGUCAAAACUUUCAUUUAUUGUUGCAUUAUGAAUGCCGUGUUCAAAAUUAAAUGUUUACACAAGAUAUAUCUACCUGCUUUGCAGCUUCAGAGGAAAUCUUUUUUUUAGUCAAGUGUUAUCAAUCUGAGAAGUGAAGUGUCAAUUGUUUCCCUAAGGAAUAUUUCUUAGAUCAAGAUGCGGAAAUUCUCAACAAGCAGCGGUCAGUUGAGACACGUGAAAAGAAGCUACCUCCAACGGAUCCACAUAACCCAAUGGCUGCCGCAGUACAAAAAAUUCGACUUCAUAUCGGAUUUGGUCGCCGGCCUAACAGUGGGCAUGAUGUUGAUACCCCAAUCCAUAGCCUACGCUGGAAUAGCGUCGUUACCAGCCCAAUAUGGUCUAUAUACGGCUUUCGUGGGUUCCUUCACUUAUGUGAUAUUUGGGACGAUAAAACAGGUGUCCAUCGGACCUACCAGCUUGCUGUCCAUGUUGUCCUUCACUUAUCUAGAAGGUUAUCCAGUGGACUACGUUAUUUUUCUUACCUUUUUGGCAGGUUGCGUUGAGUUGGCGAUGGGACUCCUCAAUUUAGGGUUUUUGGUGGAUUUCAUUUCACCACCUGUAUCAGCCGGUUUCACUGCAGCAAUUUCAUUCUUGAUAAUGGCAUCCCAGCUCAAAUCCCUGCUCGGUCUGAAGAUUGUAGCUCAUGAUUUUGUAGAACUCAUGACCUUGAUACUUAGGAAUAUUGGCAACAUCAAAUGGAGCGACACAGUCUUAGGAUUCAGCUCAAUAUUAUUCCUAUUUCUACUCAAGAAAUUGAGCUGCCUUCCCUCAAAGAACCGAACACUCCAAAAAACGCUUUGGUUCGUUUCAAUUUCCAGAAACGCCUUGAUUGUAGUGAUAACCUCCGUUAUAGCAUACUACUACUGCGACAGGGAUGGUAAAGCUCCCUUCGCACUGUCCUCCAAAGUACCAUCAGGUUUGCCUCAAUUUUCACUCCCCAAGUUAUCGGCAGUCCACAACAACCAAACCUCCGAUUUCUUCGACAUGAUACACACCUUAGGUUCCGGUAUUUUCGUGGUACCGAUCUGUGCCAUACUCUCGAACAUCGCUAUAGCUAAAUCUUUUGCUUCUGGAGUGAUCGUUGAUGCCUCGCAAGAGAUGAUAACCCUGGGUAUUUGUAAUAUAUUUGGGUCAUGUGUUCAAGCAAUGCCUUCUUCUGGGGCUUUCUCAAGGUCAGCGGUUGCCAAUGCAAGUGGGGUGAGGACGCCCAUGCAAGGUUUUUAUUCAGGUACAGUCAUAAUUUUAGCUUUAAGCUUCCUUACCCCAUAUUUCUACUAUAUUCCAAAGGCCACACUUGCAGCAGUAUUGAUAUCAGCGGUAUCGAGUAUGAUCGAAUAUUCCCUACUACCUGUGUUAUGGAGGACAAACAGAAUCGACUUCUGCUUCUGCCUUAUAACGUGCUGCCUAGGGGUUAUAUACGGUGCUGACAUAGGACUCAUCGUUGGAGCAGUACUGAACUUAGUAGUUUUGCUAAAGGACUGGUCCAGACCAAAUAUCAUCAUCAAGUUAUGCUCGUGGGAAAAGACUGACAACACUUACGUCCUCAUCAAACCGGAAUUUGGCCUCUGUUACCCUGCUAGAGAUUAUCUGACAGAGAAGGUAAUAGAAGCACAAGCUCAACACGAACAUAUCCCCAUGGUCCUCGACCUAUCCAACGUUCUGAAGAUCGAUUACGCGGCAGCGGAAGCGCUAAAAAACCUGCUCGAGACGUACAAUCAGGACAAGGUGAAACUGGUCCUCGUGAACCUGAACGAUCGGGUGCGUGAAACUUUGAAAAAAUUGAAUCGGAGCGACAAAAUCAAGUAUUGCCACAGCAGUUCUACCGUAUACGAUGAAAUGUUCGAAUUGAUAGAAGAUCCGGGCAAUAAAAUUCCACUUUUAGAAUGUUGCGGAGAAGUGUAGGAAGAGGUGAGAAUUAUGGACUUGACUCUUAUGAAUUUCAGACUGAAUAUCUAUUUAUUAAAUAUAUUUUCAAAUAAU